UUAAAUGUUUUUAUGUGAGAGAAAAAUUAAAUGUUUGGAGAUAAAGUCUUCAAACGAAUUCUCGGAAUUGGGAAAAAGUGAAACUACAAUAAUUGCUUAUCUCUGAAACUCUCCAGGUUUCUCUCUCUCUCUCUCUCUCUCGUUGUAUAAAUAAAGUUCCAUUUUCGAUUCUCGUUAGUUUUCCUCAGAUUGUCUCCCGAAAACUCACAACACUCCCAUGAAGAAGAAGAAGAAGUAAACUUGUUCACUUUCAACUCCUCUCCCGUAAAUGAAGAGCUGAAACAAAAAAAAAAAGAUGAAGAGAGGACAUGUAGAGUCGUGGGACCCUUCAUCGGGAGAAGGUCAUUCAAUGGUGGACAAAGGUAAGAACCCGGUUUCGGUUUCGCCCGAUGAAGGAGGAGCAGACAACAUGGAUGAGCUUUUCGCGGUUAUGGGUUACAAAGUCCGGCCUUUAGACAUGACCGGAGUCGCUCAGAAGCUCCAACAGCUCGAGAUGGACUUGACUCAUGAUGACGUCACCUCCGGUUCCCUCAACGACACCGUUCACUACAACCCUUCCGAACUCUCCCGCUGGGUCGAGGACAUGCUCGAGUCCGACGAUCCCACUGAUCUCGACCCGACCCGACUCGGAAUCUGCGGCGACGGAUCCGAACAGGACCUCUGGGCAAUCCCGGGUAUGUCGGCAUACCCGGCGGAUGGGCCGGAGGACGAGAAUCAGAGCAAGAGGAUGAGACUAGAGCCCUGGUACGACCCACUGACCGGGUUUGAUCGGCCGGUGGUGGUCGCUCAGUCGCCGGAGGCCGGAGUCAGACUGGUCCAUACGCUCGUGGCGUGCGCGGUUCAGCUGGGGAACAUUGAACUUGCGGAUGCGCUGGUGAAGCGCGUGGGUCUACUCGCAGCCUCUCAGGCUGGGGCGAUGGGGAAAGUGGCCACGUACUUCACCGAAGCCUUGGCCCGGAGAAUAUAUCGAAUAUUCCCCGGCGACUCACACGACGACGUUUUGAAGAUGCAUUUCCACGAGCCUUCUUGCCCUUACCUCAAAUUCGCCCACCUCACCGCCAACCAAGCCAUUCUCGAGGCCCUCUCGGAGGCGCGUGAAGUUCACGUCAUCGACCUCGGGCUCCGACAAGGCAUGCAGUGGCCGGCUCUGAUGCAAGCCUUGGCCCUCCGCGACGGCGGCCCCCCGUCGUUUCAUCCCCCCGCCGUCGGACCACCGCCGUCAGAGACCUUCGACGGGGUUCAUCAAGUUGGUCGGAAGCUCGCUCGGUAUGCCGACAAUAUUGGGGUCGAAUUCGAGUUCAAGGGCUUGGUUGUCGACAGUUUGUCGGAUCUCGAACCCGAUAUGUUCGAGACCCGACCUGAAUCCGAGAUCCUCGUGGUGAAUUCCGUGUUCGGGCUCCACCCACUUCUGGCCCGACCCGGCUCGAUCGAGAAAGUCCUCGCGGCUAUGAAGAAGCUUAGGCCGGAUAUCAUGACGGUGGUGGAGCAGGAGGCGAACCACAACGGCGUCGUUUUCCUGGAUAGGUUCAACGAAGCGCUUCACUACUACUCGAGCCUGUUCGACUCGCUCGAGAGCAGCGUGCUGAGUCAGGACCGAGUCAUGUCUGAGGUGUACCUCGGGAGACAGAUCGUGAACGUGGUUGGGGCCGGGGGCGGUGACCGAAUCGAGCGGCACGAGACGCUGACUCAGUGGCGGACCCGGAUGAGAUCGGCCGGGUUCGUCCCGGUUCACCUCGGGUCGAACGUGUUCAAGCAAGCGAGUAUGCUUCUGGCGAUCUUCGGUGGCGGCGGCAAUGGCUACAGAGUGGAGGACAACCACGGAUGUAUCAUGGUCGGGUGGCACACGCGGUCGCUCAUCUCCACCUCGGCUUGGAAACUCGGUGAGUCGCUGUAAUGAGUCAACUCGGAAGAGGAAUGACAGUCAGAAAGAGUAGUAAGUAGUUUUGCUUUAACAUACCUCGGUAGAUUUGUUUUUACAGUUUGAGCCCCAAAGAGUAGUAAGUAGUUUUGCUUUAACAUACCCCAGUAGAUUUGUUUUUACAGUUUGAGCCCCAAUAACUUGUUUUAUCGUUUUCUAAACGCAGUAGUCGUCGUAAAAGAGAGACGUGUAAGUCAGUUAUUAAAUGGAAGGAAUAAUAAUAAUCAUAAUGGUA